CAAAUCAAUAAAAGACAACUUUCCAUCCCGGGACAGACUAUAGCCACAGAGAGAGAGAGAGAUAAGAGUUGUGUAAUGGAGUCCAAGUCUGCACCAAACACGAUAGGGAAACCUAUCAAAUGCAAAGCUGCAGUAUGUAGAGGAGCUGGAGAGGCACUUGUCAUAGAAGAAAUCGAAGUGGCUCCUCCCAAGCCUUGGGAGGUUCGGAUUAAGAUUGUCUGCUCAUCCCUCUGCCAUUCUGAUCUUACUUUCUGGAAAUUUAAGUCUGGACCAUCGUCAUUAUUUCCAAGAAUUCUUGGCCAUGAAGCAGCUGGGAUGGUUGAGAGUGUGGGCGAGAAUGUGGAUGAAGUGGCAACUGGGGAUAUGGUAAUCCCUGUGUUUAGAAGGAAUUGUGGAGAAUGCAGGGAUUGCAGAUUCGGGAAAGGCAAUGUUUGUACAAAAUUUGCAGUUAGGUAUCCUGGUGGAAUGCCCAGAGACGGGACAAGCCGGUUCAAGGAUAAGGAUGGACAAAGCAUUCAUCAUCUUUUGAGUGUGUCCAGCUUCUCUCAGUACACUGUGGUAGAUAUCACUCAUGUUGUUAAGAUGAAUCCUGAUUUCCCCAUUGACAUGGCUUGCUUGCUCAGUUGUGGUGUUACUACAGGUAUAGGGGCAUCCUGGAAAGUUGCUAAGAUUGAAGAAGGCUCUACUGUUGCAAUUUUUGGACUUGGUGCUGUGGGGCUUGCGGUUGCUGAAGGUGCUAGGCUACGCGGAGCAUCCAAAGUUAUUGGGGUUGACUUGAUUCCGGAAAAGUUUGAACUUGGGAAGAAGUUUGGACUUACAGAUUUUAUCAAUCCAACAACUUGUGGAGAAAGUUCAGUAGCUGAGGUCAUACAAAAAAUAACCAAUGGAGGGGCAGACUAUUGCUUCGAGUGCAUUGGCUUAGCUUCCUUGAUGCAAGACGCUUUCGCCAGCUCUCGUCAGGGUGGAUAUACAAUAAUACUUGGGGUGGAAAUGCAUGGAAAGCCGAUAAGUAUAAACCCUUACGAGCUUUUAGAGGGAAGAACCAUCAUUGGAUGCAUGUUUGGAGGAAUCAAAGCGAAGGUUGAUAUUCCCAAACUUGCCCAAAAAUAUAUGCAAAAGGAGUUGAAUUUGGAGGGUUUCAAAACACAUGAAGUCAAAUUCCAAGAUAUUAACCAAGCAUUUGACUUGCUCGAACAAAAGAAGUCACUGCGUUGCAUCAUCUGGAUGGAUGCUUAACUAAUUUUAGUUGGAUCUUCAUAAGCGUAAUCCUCCCUUGAAACAGCGGCAGCGCGUCCAGCAGCCGGUAGUACCCAGAACAACGGUGGCGCCGAAAGAUACACCGAAAAAGGGGCAUCACCCGGUGCUUUACCGAAAAACCGCACAACCUCCGCAUACUCGCAGGAAACCCAGAAACAACUGAUUCCCAAAAACCUUAACCGAAACAAACCCUUCUUAAAUUGAUCGAACACACGAAAUUCCUAGCAGAUUUUCUUAUUUUUUCAAAAAAAAAAAAAAAAAGGCCAAGGAUCAGCCAAGCACAUGGCUAACCUAGACAGAGUAAGGCAAACCUUAAUUAGGUAUAUUGGAUAUGAUGAUUCCUCCCUCUGCAAUCACAAUAUGAGUAUUUCAUUCCCAAUGCUAAACUUCUACUUCAUCAUUUUGGCCUGACGAUAAGAAUUGGACAACCUAUUAUGGGUGUUGCUUACGUCUGUGGGCUGUUUCUGAAUUGCUAGUUGUUGGGGAAAACAUUCAACAAUGAAGGCUUUGUGACAUCCUAUUUGUUUCGUACUUAUUUAUUUCCCCUAAUUUUAUGGAUUAAAGUCUGAAUUC